AACCCUUUAGACGUUGCAGUUGUUUAUUAGCUUUCGCCUGGGUGGUGCUGUUGCUUCGUUUCAUUUCUAUUUCUUACUUCCUAAUAUUUUCUUAUUUUCUUCUUCUUAGACCACCGAAUCUUCAGUGUAUAGUCCUUACACCUAUCGCUUUUGUCAUUCUUUUUUCAAUAUAUAUAUAUAUAUAUAUAUUUAUAUAAAUUAUAUUUUGUAUAAAAACUAAAAAAGAGAGAGAGAGAAAUAUGGCGAGGAGACCGGACGAGGAAUACGAUUACUUGUUCAAAGUGGUAUUGAUCGGCGAUUCGGGGGUAGGGAAAUCGAAUCUCCUCUCCCGAUUUACUCGCAAUGAAUUCUGCCUGGAAUCCAAGUCCACCAUUGGGGUUGAAUUUGCAACCCGUACCCUCCAGGUUGAAGGAAGAACUGUGAAAGCUCAGAUAUGGGAUACAGCAGGGCAGGAGCGAUAUAGAGCAAUAACCAGUGCCUACUAUAGAGGUGCCCUUGGAGCCCUUCUAGUGUAUGAUGUCACAAAGCCAACAACCUUUGAAAAUGUAAGCCGGUGGCUGAAGGAGUUAAGGGAUCAUGCAGACUCGAACAUUGUAAUAAUGCUGAUUGGAAACAAGACUGAUUUGAAGCAUCUACGAGCAGUAGCUACCGAGGAUGCCCAGAGCUACGCGGAGAAAGAAGGCCUAUCAUUCAUUGAAACAUCAGCUUUGGAAGCAACUAAUGUUGAGAAGGCGUUCCAGACAAUUCUUGGGGAAAUAUACAGGAUAAUUAGUAAGAAGUCAAUCUCUUCGGAUGAGUCAGCGCCUGCAAGCAUUAAAGAGGGCACGACUCUUGUGGUUGGGGGAUCCGAGGCCAACACAAAGAAGCCUUGCUGCUCUUCAUCCUGAGAUUGAGCUUUAUUGAAAAACUUGCAUCAACUUGCACGACCAUUUGUUUUACCGUGUCUUGUUGGUUUUUGUUUUCAUUUGCAUUUGCUUUGUUUCUUUGGUUUUUCAUAUCCUCUCUCCCUUAAAUAUUUUAUGAGACCAUAAGUAUAUAUAUCUUAUUUUCUUGUUUGUUGUUCGGAUUGACAA